CAUAGGAUAUUGUUGUAAUGGAAAUGACUAUUUGGCCCCUUUAACUACUUCAACGGCCUCAGUUAGGAUAGAGCCAAUCAAGAAUGACAGAAUAGGAUACUUGUUGAAAAAUCCUUGAAGCCACCAUGGCUGCAACACUGAACAUUCAAGGAUCAUGCAUCAUAAAAAAUUCAUCAAAUUCCUGCAGUGGCCAGACUGACCAUCAGCUAAAGCAGGUGUUUUUACAGUUUCCCAUUUCAAGAAGAACUGGAAUUCUCGUUUCUGUGUUGCCCCUUAGCCUCAAUUUGGUUGCUCAACCAUCCAUAGCUAGAGAGAGGCGCAAUAAGAAGAACAUCCCUCUUGAAGACUAUCACACUACCUAUGAUGGAUUGAAAUACUAUGAUAUUCUUGAAGGAAAAGGUCCAGUAGCUGAAAAGGGCUCCACUGUACAGGUACAUUUUGACUGUGUGUAUCGUAAUAUUACUGCAGUUUCAAGUCGAGAAUCUAAACUGUUGGCUGGAAAUCGUAUCAUUUCACAGCCUUACGAGUUCCAGGUUGGAGCUCCUCCAGGGAAAGAGCGGAAACGUGAUUUUGUGGACAAUCCAAAUGGUUUAUUUUCUGCUCAAGCAGCCCCAAAACCUCCAAAAGCAAUGUAUACAAUAACUGAAGGGAUGAAAGUUGGAGGAAAGAGGACUGUGAUCGUUCCUCCAGAAGCUGGAUAUGGUUCAAAGGGAAUGAAUGAGAUUCCGCCAGGGGCUACAUUCGAUCUGAAUAUUGAACUACUGGAAGUAAAGUCACCAGAAGGGAAGAAAUAGAUGCCCUGACUGUACCAUAUGUUUUUGCCUUGAUUCUUCUUCAUUGUCGUAAAAGUUUUGUUCUCUCAUUAACACCAGCCGAUAUGGAAUCAAUAGCCGUUCCCACUUGCCCUUCGUGUGAUUUGUACCACAAACUUAUUGAUCGGACUCUCGGAGGUUUAGGUGCCUCACCACCAGGGCCAACUCCUAUCGUCAACAUUUUGUGAAGUUAGCAAGUGAUUCUUUAGCUUUUGAAUGUAGAAGAUCAAUAAUGUCUCAUGAUUUUUGCUUCCCCUUCGUGCAACUGUUCAAUCUUUGUUAUGUAGAUGAAGUAACUUGCUUUCCCUUUUCUUCAUUUGUAUGUAAACUUUUACUUCUUGA